GCCAUGGAGUCGGAACGUAGCGACGAUACGUCCAGUAUGCUUGGCGGCUACGGUGCUCUGGAGGUGAAACCCUUGCGGAUGGUCGCCAGUCCCAAUUCGGGACCGCGGCACACCAUCGAUAACAUAUUAGGACUUGUGCGGAAGGAGGACCGAGACGACAGGGAGCGUGCCAUCACACCCGGAAACGGAGAGAGCGCCGGCGAGGGCAGUUGUAACUCCAACGACGGCGUUUCGGAACUGCGCUACGGCAAAGGCGCGACGAGUGGAUCGGACGACGAAGGCGCCGCGUCGGGGAUGUCGGAGGGCGACAACUGCAAGAAGAAGCAUCGACGCAAUCGCACCACGUUCACCACCUAUCAGUUGCACGAGCUGGAGCGGGCGUUCGAGAAGAGCCAUUAUCCGGAUGUCUAUAGUCGUGAGGAAUUGGCUAUGAAGGUGAAUCUACCGGAAGUUCGAGUUCAGGUAUGGUUUCAAAAUCGGCGUGCGAAAUGGCGGCGGCAGGAGAAAAUGGAGGCGGCGCGUCUGGGCCUCAGCGAGUAUCACGCCGUCUCGACGCUAUCGCGCGCUGCCGGCUCCAGUCUCGCGCUGCCAAUGGACCCGUGGUUGUCGCCCCCGCUGCUCUCCGCAUUGCCGGGCUUCCUCAGCCAUCCUCAAACCGGCUAUCCCAGCUACCUCACGCCGCCCGUGCCCGGCGACCACGGUAGGCAUCCGCCGAUGGCGCACGCCAACAAUCCGCCGCCCGACAUGCGGAGCACCUCAAUCGCCGCUCUGCGACUGAAGGCCAAGGAGCACGUCGAGAACAUCACCAAGGGCCUGCAAAUGGUCUAGAGGUGUCUUCAUAUCGCUAGUGUACAUACAUGCUCACAAUCAAAUCAUUUGGCGGCCCCCCCCUGUGUAAAUAUCUGUGUGGAUGAUUUCAUUACCAUUAAUAGAUUCGUUGUUUCUUUGCGAGUGUUACGUAGCAAUCAGUACCAGUACUACCAACUACAAAUUAUCGAACAUGAACAUGAACUCAUCGUGUUUGUAAAUAUUUAUGAAUAGGAAAUAUAUAAUAAUAAAUACGUGGAGAUGAUGUAAAUUGAUCAAUUUCGUGCAAGUCGUAGGAAUAUAUUUAUAUUAAUUAAGUUAAGAGGACAAGAGAGUAUAAUAUAAUUGCAAUGUACUGAAAACUCAACUUAAUUAUACAUGAACGAUGGUAAGUUAAUUAUGUUAUGUAUGAUUAUUUCCUUUUAGAGCUGUGAAUUUUUGUAAAUAAUGCACACGAUAAUAAAUUAUAUUACAUCUGA